CUCACACAAUUGUCAAGUUGAAAAUAGCGAAUCAACCAUCCACUCAAACUAUGAAAUUAAUCCACACCCUGGCAGGUGUUUCCCUGCUCUUUGGGCUAAUCCAAGCCCAAACCAAUCCGGAAUUUGACCGUCACUGCAACCCCGUGCCCAGUUCUCCGGCAGAGGUUGAAGUCGAACCCGGUGUCUUUGCCACGUACCACUGUAACAAAUUUGUGCACCAAAACGGCUACAAACAACAGUUGCCUGCUGCUACUACCGGUGACUGUGCUAAGGAGUGUGCAAAGAGAGAUGACCACGCCAAAUGCGUCUGGUGGAACAAUAGGUGCUGCUUCUACGAACCGACCACCACGACGCACGACGUUGCCGGGGGUAUCUAUAUUACUUACCGGAAGGACUGCGACAAGGCCAAAGAGAAUGAGAUCAAUAAUCUAAACCAGCAGAUUAGGGACAAGCAGACGGAGCUCGAGUCUUGUCAGGGCCACAAUGCUCUCAUCGAAGCUGCGGCUCAGCAAUGCGCUACCGAUUUGGAAACCUGCCAGGCCAAUGGCGGCGGCGGUGGUUCUGGUGGCGAUGGUUCUGGUGGCGGUGGUUCUGGAAACUCUCGUGACUGUGCGUCUGGUGGUCAAACUGGCGACAACUUCGUUGUACAUGGUGUGAAAUGGGGUCUUGUUUGUGACAGGACAUUUACGGGCCUUGCGUCCGAACAGGGCGGGGUGAAUGGAGUCACUUUCGACGAAUGCCUGAAGCAAUGUGCCGACAGAUACAGACAGGGCCAAAACAACUGCUGGUCUGUCGACUACCAUGCUGCUUCCCAGCAGUGCAAAUUCAAGAGGUUCCUUGGUAAUGACAGACACAACUCGCCCGGUUGGUGCCGCGCCAAGGCUCUGUCGCAGGCAUAAACGUGAAUGGGAGCCUGUCAUGAACUGAUAUUGCAUAGCCUUAUCUUUUAUCUGACAGCCGGAUUGGGAGCGGUCAAACCAAUCCCUAUAACCGAAGGAUAAAUCUUCGGUCAUCAACUCGCUGGAUUAUUCUGAGAAUUGGUU